AUGGCUGAUUCCGGUGCUGAUCGGGUUGAGGCUGCAUUAGACCGCCUCACCUCUCGCAUUGAAGAUCUCCUACAGCAUGUAACACCUUCCCCUUCACCCUCUGGUCCUCCUCGCAGCCCUUUCUUUGAGUACCACGGUACUCCACCUCAGGAUCGCAUCACCAUUGCUGCGUUUUAUAUGGAGGGAAGGGCCCUUGCUUGGUUCCAAUGGAUGUCAAGCAACGGCCAAUUCACCUCUUGGCCUGUAUUCCUACAGGCCUUGCAGACAAGGUUUGCCCCAUCUACCUAUGAGGAUCCUUCCGGCUCUCUAUUCAAGCUUACACAGACAACCACAGUGACGGACUACUUAUCUGAAUUCGAAGCGCUUGCUAACAGGGUCGUCGGCCUCCCAGCCCCAUUUCUCCUUAGCUGCUUCGUUUCCGGUCUUGCGCCAGAAAUUCGCCGCGAAGUCAUGAUCAACCAGCCUCUUACGGUGGCCCAAGCAGCGGGCCUAGCGCGCCUCCACGAGGAGAAAUUGCGCGACCUCCGCUUCGAUUUCCGCCAUCCUUACCGCUCUCAAAGUCCCCAACCACCUGCGGUUCCCCCGCAACCACCACCACUUUCCACGGUGCCCUCUCCACGCACCUCCUCCCUUCCUCCUUUACUGCCUUUACCCCCGCGUCCCACUCCACCACCACCCACCUUUCGCCGCCUGACCCCGGAGGAACUGGCUUCACGUCGGGAACGGGGCCUCUGCUUCUCUUGCGACGAGAAGUUUCACAAAGGCCAUAGGUGCACCGCUAGGGUUCACCUUCUGAUUGCAGACGCAGAUGACCCUGUGGAGCACUUGGGUUCUAAUAUAGACCCAUCAGAUCCAAUUGACCCGGACCCCGGCCCAAUUGACAGACCCGACUCCCCAGCCCAUAUCCGCCUCAAUUCAUUAGCGGGCCACUUAGCCCCCGAGACCAUGCGUAUCAUCGGCGACAUCUCCGGCCACCCUGUGCUGGUCCUCGUUGACGGUGGGAGCACCCACAAUUUCCUCCAAGAGCAGCUCGUGACCCAAUUGGGCCUUCCAUCCCGCUCCACCACGCCAUUGAAAGUCAUGGUCGGAAAUGGACAGCACCUCCAGUGUCACACGAUCUGUGACUCCGUCACUCUUGUCCUUCAACAGCACUCAUUCACCGUGGAUUUUUACGUGCUUCCGAUUGCCGGCGCUAAUGUCAUCCUUGGCGUCCAAUGGUUGCAAUCCUUGGGCCCUGUUUUAACUGAUUAUACUCACCUUCGUAUGCAAUUUUUUCAUGAUGGCAGGUUGGUCAACUUGCAAGGGGAUCCUGAGGCCCAUCGUGGCCUGUUAUCGUCUCCACAGUUCCGACGCGUUUGCCGCAGCCACAAUCAGAGCCUCUGCUUCCAUAUCACCGUGCUUCCAAAUGAUUUAGAGUCAACGUUGACCAAGCCGGUGGACCCUCAAGUACAACAUCUUCUUCAACAAUUCUCGAUUCUCUUUCAGGAGCCCAACACCCUUCCGCCGGCCAGGGAAACGGACCACCAAAUUCAUUUAAAACCUCACGCCGCUCCCGUCAAUGUCAGGCCAUAUAAAUACCCCUAUUACCAGAAACGCGAGAUCGAAACUCAGGUGGAGACCAUGCUUCAACGGGGAAUCAUUCAACCCAGCAAGAGUCCCUUUUCUUCCCCGGUCUUACUGGUCAAGAAGUCCGACAACACAUGGAGGUUCUGCGUCGAUUACCGUGCGCUGAAUGCUCUAACAGUCAAAGAUCGUUUUCCGAUUCCGACGAUCGAUGAGCUGUUGGACGAGCUCGGCGGCGCUAGUUGCUUCUCCAAGUUGGAUUUGUUGCAGGGGUAUCAUCAGAUACGUAUGCAACCAGAUGACAUCCCCAAAACAGCCUUUCGAACACAUCACGGGCACUUUGAAUUCAAAGUGAUGCCCUUCGGCUUGUGCAACGCACCUUCAUCUUUCCAGGCAACGAUGAAUUCCCUUUUCCGACCAUACCUCCGGCGCUUUAUCAUCGUAUUUUUCGAUGAUAUUCUUAUAUACAGCGUCUCUCUCAGUGAACACCUGCGUCACCUACAGACCACAUUUCAAAUCCUUUAUGAGCAUCAUUUUGUGCUUAAGCUUUCCAAAUGCCUCUUUGCUCAACCUGAAGUCGAGUACUUAGGUCACUUAGUCUCCUACAAAGGCGUCCAACCAGUCACUUCCAAACUCGAUGCCAUUGCUCAGUGGCCCCAACCGCGUUCUGUUCGUGCUCUUCGUGGUUUCCUGGGUCUUGCCGGCUUUUACCGCCGAUUCAUUCGAGGAUACGCCACCAUUGCCGCGCCACUCGUGAAGGCCACCACUAGUGAACCCCUUCAAUGGACUUCAUCCACUCAGACCGCUUUUGAUACCCUCAAACACGCCCUCACUUCCGCCCCGGUUCUCACUCUUCCCAACUUUCAAUUACCCUUUACCAUUGAGACUGAUGCCUCCACGAUUGGGAUGGGGGCCGUUUUAUCACAGCAGGGUCACCCAAUUGCUUACUUCAGUAAGCCUUUUAGCCAGAAAAUGCUCCGCGCCUCUACUUAUGUUCGAGAGCUAUUUGCCAUAACCGCCACCGUGAAGAAGUGGCGGCAAUACCUUCUCGGCCACUCCUUCACCAUUUUAACGGACCACCGCAACUUGAAAGAACUGAUGACUCAGGUGGUGCAAACACCCGAAUAG